AUGUCUUGUGCAAGAGCUUGGGUACUCCGGUGGUCCCAAGGCGCAAAUGUACACCUCCGGAAUUUACACAGUCCAAAAAAUCCACUGUCGUCGCACGUUCUGAAGCGGUUCUCCAGUACUUUAGACUCACACGGCCACCAACAAACCAUCGAACAACUCGAGAAGGAUGGAUCCAGGAUAAUUCAGAUCGUGAAAAAGAGAAUUACGGAAAGGGAGGAACUGCUUUCGCAGAUUGGAGACACGGUGUCUUCCAAAGAAGAUAUCAAGCGUGCCAAAGUACUGCGGGAGUCGGAGAACUUACAGGAGGCGUGGAUGGAAUGGAACAAAACCCGAGAGCUGCUGCAAGAAACUAUCCCCCUCCUCAACGAUCCCGACCCGGUCAUGCGCUCCCUCGCGGCGGACGAGUAUUCGUCUUUGGCGACUACAUUCUCCGAGCACAUAUCGACGAUAUUCCCGUCGCUGCUCACUCCCGUCUCCCCCACUGCUAACCUAUCCGCAUUGAUGGAGCUGAAGUCUGGCGUUGGCGGCUCGGAAGCGUCACUAUUUCUGACGAAUUUGUUGCGGAUGUACCAGCGGUUUGCCAAUACCAUGCGAUGGAAGGCCAAUGUCGUAGCAAGCAACGAAAAUGAGGGAGGGGGGACUAAAGAUGCGGUGAUUGAGUUCGAGGGGAAGGGGGCUUAUGACGCGUUACGGUGGGAGAGCGGGGUGCAUAGGGUUCAGAGAGUCCCCGCGACGGAAGCUAGUGGACGGGUGCACACAAGCACGGUGGCGAUCGUAGUAUUGCCGCUGGUAGAGGAGAAACAGAACGAAGAAUUGUUCUCCAUGGCCGACGUGAAGGUUGAAGUUAUGCGUGCGAGAGGAGCCGGGGGUCAGCAUGUCAAUAAAACUGAGUCUGCUGUUCGUCUGACGCAUAUUCCGUCUGGAAUCACUGUAUCCAUGCAGGAUGAACGUAGUCAACACCAAAACAAACGGCGUGCUUUUCAAGUACUCAGCGCGAGGCUUAUGGAUGCGAAGCUCAUUCGAGAUGUUGCCGCGCGGCGCGACACUCGACGUAAUCUUGUCCACGGUGCCGACCGAAGCGAGAAGAUUCGGACGUAUAACUAUCCUCAGGAUCGAGUCACGGACCACCGAAUUGGAAUGUCGACCACGAAUCUGACGUCCGUUAUGGAAGGCGAGGGCUUGCAAGAAUUUAUUGAGGCUCUCCAAAAACACCACCAUGAAAGUAUCAUGGAGAAUAUGCUGGACGGGUCGUGA